AAAAGAAAAGAAAUUCACACACAAAGCAGAGUCUUUCUCUGAUGCACUGACAGAAGAGCUCACGCUGGAUUUGGGCUCACUUUAUAGACUGAGGUCAUGUGGAAGUCAAGACUCCGAGAGACGCACAUGUUUGUGAAUGUUUAAUCUGGUUUCCCAUUUACAGGAGCGGACACGAGCUGAAAGGAGGUCUGUAGCUGCUUUUCAGAUGUUGGACUAUUAUGGUCCAGCUUGAGAACACCAAGUGCAGUUUUCUCUUCUGCCUUGGAAUUUGCAUCCUAAUAUGUUCUGCAAUCUACCUUAAAGCCAAAGUAUAUAGUGACCCUCAUCCUAUAAAUGACUGGACUACCCCAUCCCUAACCCCACCACCACCACCACCACCCUCCAACACCUGUGACAUUCUUCCACCAGCAACACCCGGGUUUAAAUGGCAAAGAAAAGACUGUGAGAAAAUCAGCUAUCACAUCCAACCAGACACAAACUGUGAUCUACUGCUGUCUCAGCUGCAUUUUAUCACGGCAUCGCUGAGUAAAGAAGAAGAAGAUUAUCCUUUGGCUUUCAUCAUCACCAUACACAAAGAGCUCGCAACAUUUGUGCGACUCCUGAGAGCCAUUUAUGCGCCGCAAAACGUCUACUGCAUUCACAUCGACAAGAAAGCUUCAGAAAAAUACAAGUCGAGCGUCAAAAACCUAUCCAGAUGCUUCCCAAACGUUUUCCUCUCAUCAGUCAAUGUAAAAGUAACCUACGCAGGCUUUUCCCGUCUGCAGGCCGACAUUAACUGCAUGAAGGACUUGGUGGAAUCUCCAAUUAAAUGGAAAAGGGUUAUAAAUUUGUGUGGUCAGGAUUACCCCAUACAGAGCAAUUUGGAGUUGGUCCGGUACAUGCAAACUCCCGAAUGGAAAGACAGGAACAUGACGCCAGGAAUCAAGCAGCCACCUAGUAUGAGGUACAGGACUGCGUUUCAGUAUGUGGAAGUAAAAAACACCCACGUGGCUCAGAAUGGGAGAAAGAAGGGACCACCGCCACAUAAUUUGAAGAUUUACUUCGGAACGGCUUAUUACUCCUUGACAAGACCAUUUGUGGAGUAUGUCCUCGACAACCCAGUGGCCAAAGACUUGCUGAGCUGGUCAAAAGACACCUACAGUCCAGAUGAGCAUUACUGGGUGACGCUAAACCACAUUAAGGAAGCACCAGGCAGCAAUGUAGAAGGAGAAUGGGAAGGUAAUGUCCGCGCAGUCAAAUGGAGGGACCAACAAGGAACAGCACAUCAGGGUUGUAAAGGACAAUACAUCAGGGGUAUCUGCGUUUACGGGAUUGGUGAUCUACCAUGGCUUAUCGAAAAAGAAAGCAUGUUUGCUAAUAAGUUUGAAAUGACAAGCUUCCCAGAAGCCCUGGACUGUAUGGAACUGUGGCACAGACAUAAAGUUCUCCAACAAGCAACUGUUCCCAUUCAACCAUCAUGGCAUCUCACCACACAAGUGGAAGUCGCAAACCGCACGCUCAUUUUAACACCAGGAGGUUGAGUCUGACUGAACAUCACAGACAUUCACAAGUUUACACGCUUUCUGACAGCUACACGCUCAAAAGCACAAAUGAAGAACAUCGCAAAAUCAUUAAUUAUUUUAAUUCAUUAAUUUAUUUACUUUUUAAUUGUCCCUAAAAAAUAAUGUGAAAACCUCCAAAAGCACUGAAGUAAUGUUUAUUAUUUUUUAUUUAAGAUUAAUUUCAGGUAGCCAGACUGGAAAACAAAAGCGGGGUCAGGCUACCUGCACAUGGCACUGCAACUUGUGACGUUUAAAUAUUGAAAACUUGUGAAUGCUGAUACUUUCGUGAGUGCUGAGUAAAUUAAUAGAUGUACUAUUAGUAGUAAUAGACAAUUAUGGGAACACUUUAGUUAGGGUAUCAUUUCCCAAUAUUAACUUCUGGCUUAUUACCUGCUUAUUAUUAAGUUUUUGGCUGUUUAUUAGUAUUUAUAACGUAUGUACUUACUCUACAUCCCUAAUCCUACUCAUCACCUUACUACCUUACUAUUAAGCAGCAGCAAAUUAGUAAUUUAUUGAGCUACAAUUCUUAGUUAUUGUUUGUUCAUAGCAGAAUUGUACUUUUAAAUAGUGUGACUAAAGUUAUAUAUAUUUUUUAUUUAUUUAUUAACUGCUGCAUAUUGCACUGAUAUUUACUCAAUCAAAUAAACUGUAGCUAAAUAAAGGUGUGUGCUCAGCCAAAUACUGCCGUUAUUAUUAAAUUAUAAAACAAUGUAAAGUUUGCUUUUUUAGUUAUCUGUCAAAAUAAAACUAUUUUAUUUCUGUAUGCAUUUAAUCAAGAAUUCAUAAAAAUACAUAAAUGAAAAUAUAAACAAAUUUUUCUUUAAAAAAUAUAUUGUUUUCCUUAUUGUAAAUAACCCAAUGUUUUGAGUUGUUUUUCAAUGCACUUGAUUAAAACAUUUCAUUGUAAAGCUGUCAUAAAUGUAAGUUGCAUAUUUUUCAAUAUGUAAAUAUGCAUGCAAAAAGUGAUGUAUUCUGCUUUAAAGAAGUCUGUAGUCAAUUUUUAAUUUCAGCAUCAUUCAUUUUGUUUAGUCUUUGUGCUUUUGGUCAUUGCUGUCAACUGUAUUUGAUGAAUGAAACAUGCAUAAAGCACUUAUUUCCA